UCGGCGGUGGCUCGGCCUCCAGCGCCCGCCCGGGAGGAGGAGCCCCGCACGCGCGGCGGCCGCCGAGCCCCGCCUCUGCCCUCGUGCCUGGCGCGGGGGCGGUCCGCGUGCCCGGAGCCGGAAUGCCGGAAGGGCCAUCUGUGAGGAAAUUUCACCAUUUGGUCUCCCCCUUUGUGGGGCAGCAGGUGGUCAAGACAGAGGGCAGUAGCAAGAAGCUAAGCCCUGCUGACCUGCAGACCCUGUGGCUGCAGGACACCCAGGUCACUGAUUCGUUGUUCAGCUUCCUCUGGUCUUGUACUGUCCAUGGAAAGAAAUUAUUCCUUAGAUUUGAUCCAGAUGAAGAAAUGGGGCCCUCUGGAAAUACCCCCUUAUUGCAGCCUCUGCAAAAAGGAGUGAGGAAAGAAGAGACUGGGGCCCAGACAUGCACCUUGGAGCCCAGUGGACAGAUCUCUGACCAGUCCUCGAGGGCCAUGGAGCUUGUUGUUACCAAUGGAGAAGAUAGUGCCGAGUUUGGGGGGAGGGAUACCCCUGCCGGAAAUGCUGAGAGGUGGCUACAGGUCAGGUUCGGUUUGUUUGGCAGCAUUUGGAUGAACGAGUUCUCCAGAGCCAAGAAGGCAAACAAGAGGGGUGACUGGAGGGAUCCUGCUCCGAGGUUGGUCUUGUACUUUGGUGGCGGUGGCUUCCUGGCAUUUUAUAAUUGUCAGAUGUCUUGGAGCUCUUACCCAGUGGUCAAACCCACCUCUGACAUCUUGUCUGAAAAGUUCCAUCGAGGACAGGCCUUGCAAGCUCUGGGCCAGGCUCAGCCUGUCUGCUACACAUUACUGGACCAAAGAUACUUCUCAGGUUUAGGGAACAUCAUUAAGAAUGAAGCCUUGUACAGAGCUGGAAUCCACCCGCUUUCUCUUGGUUCACUCUUAAGUCCUUCAAGUCUUGAGUCCCUUGUGGCUCACGUGGUUGAGUUCAGUACAGACUGGCUUCAGGGAAAAUUCCAGGGCAAACAGCAGCACACUCAGAUCUACCAGAAAGAGCAGUGCCCUGCUGGGCACCAGGUCAGGAAGGAGGCCUUUGGGCCUCCAGGUGGUUUGCAGAGGCUCACCUGGUGGUGCCCACAGUGCCAGCCCAGAGUGCCAGCUGAGGAGCCAGAGCAGGUCCAGCUUUCCUAAGGCACUUGGGACCCUUCUUCCUGGAACCUUCCCCUUUAGAGAACUGUGAUGCCUGAGGAUCUAGAAGGGAGGGUGUGGGCAGGGACUUGGGCUGGAUACAGGAAUAAUGGGGAAGGUGGGUAAGGGGGAUGUUGGUAUUGUUGAUAUUCAUCUCUUGGAAUUACGUCUCAGGCAUAUUUUUCAUAGGGUUAGCUUUUUCUUUUCUUUUUUUUCUUUUCUUUAGUUUGGUUAAUUUUUCCUAUCUAAUUCUACCAUUCUGAAUGAUGAGAAAAAUCAUGAUGAUGGUUAAAGGAAAAAUCUUUUAGAACUACAAUGGGGCAAUGAAAAUGAAAGCAUAUGUAAAAUAGCUAUGCUCCCAACAUUGUUUUGCUUGUUUUUUGUUUUGUCUUUUGUUUGUUUGUUUGUUUUGAAACUUUGGUUUUAAGGCCCUCCAUUUUGGGAAACAGGAAAUUUUCUUUCUUUUUUUUACCCUGGAGGGAUCUUGGGAUGAGGCUAGAGUAGCAUAAGAGUAGUGCUCUGAUUCAGCCACCUGCCUGGAUCCUUUCCCAUUGGAUAGAGACACCAAGAUCAAAGAGAAGGGUGGGAAAAAAGGGAGACCAAGGAGCUUCCUUGGUGCACAAGUGGGCUUUAGAAAAAGUUACUUGUUAACUCUUUAAGGCAAUGUAUUUGUUAUUUUGAGCAAUUCUGGAAUCAAGAAUUGUAAAGAAGUAUUUGGUUAUAUUUCAUUAGCUGUAGCCACGUGAAACUAGGACAAUCAUGUGAAAAUAAAGGUCU